GGACAAAGGUGUCAGAAUAUUGAUCAAGUUUCUAAUAGGAAUCAUUAAGCUUAAUAGUCGAAGCUUAAAAUGUUACUUUUACCUUUUAUUUUGUGUCUAGUCAACUUUUCUUUAAUAAGUUCAAUGUCAUUUAUGGACUUUCGUCCUGAAAUAAGUCAAGGAUCUAGAAUUAUUCAUGCAUCAUUAACUGAUAAGGAAACCGGAAAAGUUUGGCAGAUUGAAGAAAAAAUCUCAGCAAGAGCUCGAAUCGAAGGUAAAAUUGAUGUCACAUCGUCAGAAAAACCCAAGGGCACUCAUGCAACUAUUUUCUACUCGUACAAAUCUUAUGAUAAUAACAAGCGACUUGUUAUGCAAAAUAAUGAUUGUGAUCUUUAUUUAUACAAAUCUGAUUGGGAUAAAAUGUUACCUGGAGUAACCAAACCAAUGAUCAAUAUGAUUCUUCUUAUUGGUCCUUCGUUUUUUUACCGAAUCGCUGAUUCUCGAUGGAAAGAGGAAAAUGACACCAUAAUUAGAGGAGCUUCGAUGCAUAAAGCGAGCACAAUAAUAAGUCAAAAGAUUAAAGUUACCGCUUAUUACAAAGACCAAUUUGGCGAUGUGACAGAGCCAAACAGGAUAGAACUGAAUGAAUACAACCCUCUUGCUCUCGCUCUUAAUCCCGACCAAGAAGAUACCCGAAAAUCACUCAUAUUAGAUGUUUAUCUGAACUCAGUAACUUCUCAAGAAUUGGCUGAAUUGGUUCAGCCAACACCCGGAGUUGGUUGUCCCGUUUAUCUACAAGAUAAUCUUAGUGUUCCAGGAGUCUCAUCUCAAAAAGUUCAUUUUAUCGCAAAAGACACAACUAACAACAAAUAUUCAACACUAAAUGAGAUUCAUGCUGAUGGAGACAGUAAAAUCUUGCGACUAGCUGAGACACGCCUUGGAUUCACAAAUACUUAUCUGUAUGAUUAUAAUUUGGGUGUUCGAUAUACACUAUCAAGCUCUGGAGAAUGCAAGGUUUCGCCAGCUGAUCUGAGCUCUCCUGGUAUUUCCAUUAAUGGUUAUUUUAGUAUUGCAACGUUCCUCUGGUUAGACUCUCUACCCGUUUAUCUUGGACAGAUUAUUUUCGAACAGCGAUCUGGUUUGAAAGUGAAAGUUUGGGAAUCCGUUAAGAAAGACAGUGUUAUCGAAAGUGGUAAAUAUGACAAAGUGGUAACGACAAUUUACUUAUCAUCAUCGGUUACAGCUAAGACUUUUACUAGCGAUAUGAUCGUAGGAGCUUCAAGAAACGCUUACAGGAAGGACUCAUCGGGUAACUUACAACUGAUUGAAUCAAUUCAACGCGAUUUUUACGAUUUUGAAAUUGAUCUACCUGAUAGUGAAUAUGAGAGUGCAUUCAAAUUGGGAGACUGUUUCGCUGAACCAGAUAAACGCCUUACACUUACUCUUCAUAUAACAUGUGACAAGGGUAAAAAGUCAAAUUGUAUCAAAAGAGGUGAGAUAAUGACUAUUGAAAUGAGAAAAGAGUUGAGAGAGUCUAUUGAUUUCACUUACGGAAUAUCACCGUUACGAAUUGUUGAUGUGGAGUUUAUUUUUUCCAAGGAUCGUAUUGAAGCUGAUGUUACAUUUGUCGAAGCUCCAAGUAUAAUUGACUCAUUCGAAUUAGAUUAUAAAUACACAAAAAUAAGUUCGAUAAAAAAGUAUAGUGAAAUUUCGGCCAAAAGUGCAGAAGAAUGUAUCAAGAAACUUUCUUCAUCCUAUUCGACUGUACGGGCCAUUCUCUUCUGUGAAAAUGAAGAUUAUUGUGUUAGCACUGAGAAUCCGGAUAUUCCAGAGUCAACUACGUCAUCGAAAGGAACUUAUUGUUCAGUUUUCACAUUUCCCCUGAAGAACUUGAUGCGAGUUGGCCAAGAGAAGUCGUUGGUAGAUAUCCAUAAUAAUCUCUUGGCUCAGAUCAUUCAUGAUGAAUGGGAUCUUAACUACUAUGGAGAAACAUACACUUAUGAAAUAGUUGACGUUGUGGCUGCUGAUAAGCGAUCUGAAGAGAAAGAGAGAGAACUUUACAAAAUGUUCGAUUCUCGUGGUACACUGACUCCAAAUGGAUUGGACAUUGUCGAAGUUCCAAGCAUAAAACGAUUUAGUGACUGUUAUCGAGCUUGUUCAAAAUCUGAAGAUAUUUUCUGCGAAACUUUUACGUUCUGUGAUGCAGAUUCUUUCUCUUGCAUAGUGUCCAGUUUAAGUGAAUUACAAAUAACCAAUAAUUUGACAUCUCGAGAACAUUGUAAGACCUACUCAAAGAACUAUCUUUCUGAUUAUACUCCACAAAUUAAUAAGGCUUACAAGGUACCGACUUCGGUUUCGGAAAAACUAUGGGUCGAUGACUGCGCUUCUGAAUGUGCUAAAUCUUCAGAAUGUCUUUCAUUUGAGUUCUGUGAUGGUCUUUGUACUUUUGGUGGCUAUUAUUCUGAAAGUAAUACCAAGUUUGACUCAAAAUGUACCAUUUAUACUCCUAAAUUGUCCAAAAAAUAUCAACUAACUGGCUCGGAGAUUGUUACUGAAGUCUUACAUACAGAACUCGACCUGGACAUGGAUCAAUGUGCUGCCUUUUGCUUCGACUACAAACAAGAAGAUGAUGAUCAAUGUAAAUCUUUCAACUAUUGUCCAAAAGGAAAAGAACCAGCUUCUUGUCAACUGACCAAAUACUCCGUGUUCGAUGAUAAAACUGUCACCAAUCAAUCGACAAGUUGCCACAAUUAUCAAAUGAAAACUAAACAGAAUCAAGAAGAAGUAAAUCAAGAUAAUUUGAUUGCUGAAAAACCAAAUGUUCGUACUACUGGAGUUGGUGCAUUUGGCAUAAUCGUUUUAUUCAUGUUGAUUGGUUUAAUUGUUGGUUUUGUUGGUCCUUAUUCAGUGAUGAAAAUCAAAACAUCGACAAUUUUAGACAUCCAUCUAACGAUUUCACAUGGUCAAGACAAGUCGAUAAUAAUGAGGAAGAUCAAGAUGCAAUUCAAAUCUGAUCUAAUCCAACAAUUAAUUUUGACUUUUAUUAUGUUCCUAUUAAUAGCACAAUUAAAGAUUGUAACAUGAAUUUAAUCUUGUUUCACCAAUACAAAUAUCGAUAACUUUCUAACCUAAUCUUAGAAAAUAAUAUUUUUCGGCCAUUAAAACCAAUAGAUUGAUCAUUUUAGAAAAUC